GUUACUGCAGCUAAAGCUGUGAGCUAAAGCUAACAAAACUGUACUCCUCGCCGUGAAAACUAAACUGUUUGUAUUAAUGUGUCGACAUUGGUGUUGUUGGUGAAGAGUUUGUCUUUCAAACUUCUGUUUUAAGAAAACAGGUUGACUCUCCUGGGGAACGUGAUCACUGUGUGAGUGUGUGUGAGUGAGUGUGUGUGUGUGUGUGUCAGUCACCUUCGCUGUGGUCCUCAGUCCUCUCCUCAGUCUCUCUGGGUGUGGAUGAUACUGGCUCUGUGCCAGUCCUCUGUAGAUGAAGAUGUCCCUGGCCCAGCGAGUGCUCCUUUCCUGGAUCUUUGCCCUAAUCUUCCUCAUCAUGCUGGUCCUCAAACUGGACUCCAAGAUCCACUGGAACUGGUUCCUCAUCUUCCUCCCUGUCUGGACCUUUGACACCAUCCUAAUCCUCAUGCUGAUAGUGAAGAUGGCAGGGCGCUGCAAGCCAGACUUUGACCCCAGGGACGGCGAGCAGAGCCUAAAGAGGAGGCUGUGGUAUCUGACAGCCCUGCUGCUGAAGCUGGCCUUCUGUCUGACACUGUGCUCCCGCCUGGAGAGGUUCACCAACAUGUGGGUCAGCGUGGUGUGUGUCCCUCUGUGGGUGCUGCUGGGUGGGGCGCUGGUGGAGCUGGGACACAGUGUUUUCCACUACAGGAGGGACUGAACCAGAAAGGGCCAAAUCAGGACAAAAACUUUUUAUACUGAAGCAUCUCUAGCUAUGAAUUCACCGAUCUGAUCCACUGGAUUGGUAUCAGAAAUGACACUGACCUUAUUAAGCAGACUGUGUAUCAGCCAUACAUGACUGAUCCACAUUAAACACUGUUUCUUUGUC